UGACGAGCAACUUGUUCAGCUCUACGACCUCAUGCAGACGAUCCACAACCCUUCACCCGAUGACAAUAGUUCAGGCACCGAAUCGAAGUGAACUAUCAUCACCAAGCCUAUCGUUACCAUGCCAGGAUUACGAUCGUUUCGCACCCGGCUGCGCAGGUCACGGACUGACAACUAUUCGACGAGGGGAAGACUCAUACAGUCACCGAAAGUAAUACGAUGCACGGCCAACGUCGAACCCCGAGCUAGGAAGAUAGCGACGCUCCCUACAAACAUACGCCAUCCAUUCAUCGGCCAAAAACUCAACCUUGCGUAUAAAAGAGGCCCUCCUAAGGUCGAGUUGCGCUCUCCGAUUUCGAUAUUCCGAUCCGUGCCCCCAGCAUGUUGGUGUAGCAUCGAAGUUUGUCCACGCUGUGCCGAAGCUGAAACAUUCGAACAACUUCAUUGGGUAUCAGGACUCUGGAUUGGUCCCCUUCGCAUUCCCAUCCAUCCAGUGGAUGGGCAUCACCACGUGUGCAAGAUCCAUCUCUUCAUCAGCGGUCAGUUGUGGAGGACGGGUAUCGGCGAUUUUCUCUGGAAGUCCGCCGACAACGUAGCGAUACAAGGCGAUCACAUAUUCUUCCUAUCCCCGGACGCUCGAGGUGAAUUGUUGUCAUACUGGGCAAGAUAUCAGCCGAUCCUCGAUCCGGACGGUCCACAUUGCCGCGCCCUGGACGCAUCUGAGCGGAACACCAUCGAACUCCCUUGGCGACCUGCGAAUUUUUUAGUGGUACCACGGCUAACCAUAUACGAUUCCAAAACCGAGGAUCCGGCUCCAAUACAACCGAGAACCGCCGUCGAAGCAGAGCAACCGUACGGUACAUACGGAGAUGUGUGUCGUAGAACGAAUUUCUUCACGUAUAUGUGGCCAUCAGUGGCUAUCGAUCCAGAGUUCCUGCGCCCGAGGCCUGGAUCUGAUAAGCUGCCCUAAAUUUUGGCCCACCAACACGAUCCGCGUGCACUCGCUCGGUGGACCCCCGAAGGCCUCAUACCUGUGUCCGCGAUGCGCGAUGGGGGGCUAUGAUCCAAGGUUUAUUAGGAUGUACACCCCGAGGAGAGGCAUACGCAUUGGGUUGGGCCCACGCAAGGAGGAUUCGGGAUUCGACGUGCCAUGUAACAUCACAUAGAGUAUUCGACCUAGGUAUUCUUCCAUUUUUCAACAGUCAUUAUAACAUGGACUUGGUAUCGCUCUCUUUGCUUUUGGAGAUCGGGAUUGCUCCCGGAUGUUUCUUGUUAAUACUGGUAUCGUUCUUCAUCCCCAGAGCAUUAUGGAGAAAUGCCGGUAAUUGAAUAGUAGCAAUCGGAGGAAUGGUAAAUUGGUCAGCGUUCAAAGCCCAGGAGGUCCACGGCUCCGGUUCUCUAUAUCCGUAUUCCCCAAGUUCUUCGUAGGGCUGAA